AUGCCCGAGCGAGUGUGCUGUGUUCGAAAUUGUGAUUUCAAUCCUGGAGAUAAAGAAAAUCGAAAAACAAUAUUCCAAUUUUGUGAGAAAUCUCCAUACUUCAAAACAUGGAUGAAUGCGAUUGGACCAAACUUGAGAGAUGGAAAGAAAACUCGCAAAAAUUAUUACAUUUGCGAACGACAUUUUGAUGACGGUAAUUUACAUCGAAUUCCUAUGAAUAUAUUAAAGGAUGGAAAAGAGGUGACCCUGUUACGUAGACGCCCAAUGUUAAAAUCGACAAGUGUCCCAUACAUUUUUCCAGGUUCAAGGCUUAUAGAUUCAAAUAAUCUUGAAAGCUCCUCGAUUAUAGAUUCAAAUAAUCUUCCAAUGGAAUGCACUUUAGAAAAUACGUGGCGUGAUACUAAAACAAAAGUAUCAAAUAAAGUAACAAGUUUAAAAAAAAAUAGAGCUGCCACUGGCAAUAAGCCAAAUGAUAUUGUUCUUACUGAAAGAGACAAAAAAAUUAUUGACUUAAUUGGACAUGAAUAUUUUGAAAGCUUGGCGACUGUUCCGGAUUCUAUUCCAGAAGAGUUUGAAAACGUAUUUGAGCAAUUGGAGCAAGGAUUAGAUGUUAACAUUGAUGAAGUUAUCCCACAGGUGAUAACUGUGCAACCAGUGACUGUGCCAGCAGAAGAAAAUAUCAAUGAUGAAUUACUGCCUAUUAUAUCGACUCACAAUCAGUUACAAUGA